AGCACAAUCGACCACAACCUCCGCUACCCCCCUCCUCUUCUUCCACAUCCACAUCCACACCCCCACCAACACAUACUCUCUGUGCUGUAUCGACGUUGCCAGGUAUCCUCCACUCUCCAUUUUUCCGACAUUGUAUCCUUACCUCUUUCUCCGUGCACUUUACCGGGUGGUUGGGAGAGCAAAAAUAAAAAUAAAAACCAUACACCUUCCCUUCUUGAACAAUGGGUCAAACAGACUAUGACCUACUUGUCGAAAUGGGCUUCAAUCCUGAACGCGCUACACUCGCACUGAAAAUGACUGGUGGUCGUGGGUAGCCCGGACCUCCGUCUAAAAGCUAUUUGUCUCACUGACCCUCACUGUAGUUCAGGAUGCCUUGACCUGGCUUGAGAAGAAUGAGGAGACAUCCAUAGAACAGCUUAGAGGUCCAGCCGAUCAACUACUCAAUUCCGGUUCGUCCUCUGUCGCUGCCGGUAGUGGUGGGGAUGAGUACGAUGGUGAUGAGAAGCCCGAGAUUCCUGGUACCGCUGCUAGUAUCAAAUGUUCCGAGUGCGGCAAGCUGUUUUCGGAUGCAGUUCGCGCAGAAUACCACGCUACAAGAACGUGAGUCGGAGGAGUCUGGGCAGAGCCUUCCAGCUGCCAUGGGACCAUUACCGUACACAUUACUGAAGGUUGAAACAGCCAGCACACAGAGUUCGAGGAAUCUACGGAGAUCAUUCAGCCCCUUACAGAGGAAGAAAAGGUUGCGAAGCUUCGGGAUCUUCGGGAAAAGUACUUUCAAGCUUGAAAAUAAGUCGCUGUCUAUAUGUACUAAUUGUUUUCUUUCUUUUUCUUCUUUUUUUUUGCGAUCAGAUUGGCCGAGAAGAGAGUCGCGCAAACCCAGCAAGAUCGCGAAGAAGCGAAGAAAAACGAGGUAAGGGUCUCCAAUAAUCCCAGUCCCUUCUUAUGUUUCUAACUUUAAUAGUUGAUUCGUCGCAAAAAGGGUCAGGAAUCUGAGAAGAUUAAGGAGGAACUAAAGAAAAAAGAACAGCUCAAGGAAGUCGAAAAGCGCAAACGGGAGAAGCGGGAGGAGAUUGCUGCCAAGGAAAGGGUUCGUCAACAGAUCAAGGAAACGCAAGAGGCCAGGAGAAGACAGGCCGAGAAAGAGAAAGCGGCUCGAGAAGGAAAGGUGGUAGAGGAGCCUACGGUUGCAGCGCUGAAGCCCUCAGCUCCAAGAACUCCCACUGCUCACUCGGAGACUCGUUUGCAACUGCGUUUGCCGACUAGUCAACCGCCUUUGGUUAGGACCUUUCCAGUUGAGACUACACUCUUCGAGGUAGCACAAGCUGUCAAAGAAGAAAGGGGUGAUUAUCUCUAUCCAAUCUCCUGCCGUAUUUUUACAGCAACUAAUUUACUCAUAAUCGACGCAGGAUUCAAUGUCUCUUCUUUCACCAUGACCUUUCCUCGAAAGGUAUACCAGCAGGGAGUCGACUUUGGCAUAACACUUAAGGAAGCCGGGAUGGUUCCAUCCUGCGCGCUGCUUGUUAAUUAGUUGCGAAGGUGACGCCACCUUGGGUCGAAUGGAUAUCCCCUCCGAUGGUGUAUUCUUAAAAAAGAAAGAAAGAGAGGAAUCGAUUGGAGCUUUAGAAAAAUUCAACGGCACAUUCUCCCAUAGUUCUGGACACUAAUGAGAAGUUCUACCUACAGUUUCAAGGCUUCCCCGACAAUCUUGCUGGGACACUUUUCCAUUACACUCUUGUUUAAGUAGCAGUGGAUGUUGUAAACAUCGGACACGAGCAUACUAGCACCUCGGGCAAUAACCUUAUAGCAAUGUGGGCCAGUGGUCAAGCAGCAGAUCAAAAAAUUAUGUAUACAAAAUAUUUGCAACUUGUCUAUGGGAGCAGGUGGUUGAAAGUGUAGUCGGAGCCGGCUUCCCGUGGCCCAUCGCUAGGUGAUCUGGGUGUGAUAUUCAAAUACUCCAGACCGGUUCGCGAUUCGUAUGCAGGUGAUAUGUAGGGAUCCUACGUGGUCCUGUCAUGAAAUGGGCUGGCGAAUGCCAUAUUUAGAUUUUACGGGGGAAGGUCAUAUUGAAAAUGGAAAGGCCCAUCGCUGAUGGUGUCGAUGGGGGAAACAAAGGUCUGUUUACUGUAUUGGGAUUUAUGGGAGUGAUUGAGUGAGGGAGGAGAGGGAUCAGAGUGUUUUCGACACUUCAUGCACUUGGGCGCUGGCCGGGAGUUGUGGCAUGACAGGACCUCUGCCACGCGUUUUCUUUGAUCACAGCAAGAAAGUAGACGGGUCCAAUGAAGGCGGAAUGGACCGUUUACGAUUCCAGUUUCCAUCUACUCGUACAGCGCCCAACUGUCCCAUAUUGACGGGGGAGGGAAAAAAAAGAAGGAAAGGAAAGGAAAGGAAAGAAAAAGAAAGAAAAAAAAUAACACACGCCGAGUUCUUGGAGAGACGCAGGAUGGAGGAUAAGUGAUCAAAUCAAACUCCACUGGAACUCAGUAGAGCAGCACAGAAUAUUAUCGUAUGAGGCGUACGAGCACCGCACAUACCGAUUAGAAGCGCGGUGUCUCGAUUCGUUAUGCUCACGGGUAGUUUACCUGGCUGGCGGGGCAGGUGGGAUGGUGGUACAUAAUGUCGAUACUCCCGUGCAAUCUGGUCUUCGAU